AGUAAUAUUAGGCCGUAUAAUUUUCUACUUAAUAUUAAUCUUAGCCUUAAGAUCUAUAACUUUAGUAAAUCUUUCUUAGAUAGCUUGCAGGCUAUAGUCGCCUCUAGAGUAAGAUAUAGGCUACUAAGCUUAGGUAGAAUAAUAGUUAAAGAGAACCUUUUUACUUUAGGCUUAAUAAUCUACUUUAUUACUACUAGGCACAAGCUAUAUAAAGAGCUAACUAAUAAAGAUUAG